AGAAGGGAAAUGGAAUAGUUAUCUAUUAUGGAGAUGUGAAAAUGAGCCAGUGGUCGAGGAGCCCUUUAUUUUGGCAUUUUAACAAUGGAUGCCGAUGAUCUCCUGCUGAUGUACAUGCCAUAUUGUGUAUACAAGAAAAUUACUGUAUGUCUUGACGAAGCAAUAAAGAAACAUCCUGAAUUUUUGUCACAACACAAAGGGAAGGAAAACAAAUUAUCAUCACCUGGAGUGUUGCUAUUUGACGAAUUGUCCCGGAAGAGUUGGACUUGUCAUAAUCUCAAAGUAGAGAUUGAGUCAUAUGGUGAUGAUGAUAUCUCUCAAAGCUUUCAAACAAGUGUUAAUGUCAUCGGAGACAAGAGCCAAAAUGGAGAGCAAAGUUUGUUAUCUCAAAACUUAGCAUUACAAGAUCAUGUAGAUGAAUUAAAUCUUCAACUACGUCUCCAAGAACAACACAUAAGCAGAGUUGGCCAUCAGGAACAUUUGGUACCUCUUCAAAGAGGCAGUCACAUGUACAGAUCUCCUUCUCCCAUAAAUUGUCUCGAAGAAGACCCUGAUGACAUUGAAUUUGGGUGAACAGUUUUGACACCUGCAUUAUUUGUUUAAUUCUCCUGCUGAAGAGUGAAGAUAGGAAAUGAUGAUAGAAAUUGCCACGCAUCUCCAGAUUGAUUUGAAAAUCUGGGCUACCUAUAACAAUAUUACUAAAAUAAGGAAAAGCUGUCAUUUAAAAUUUUUGAAAUAGGUUUUAGAUUUAGUUGUCGCGGUGGGAGUGAGCUCAAUAUCGAGAUCUGUAAAUAGAUCUAUAAUUAGAGUUCAUAAAAGUUAGGUCCACCUUUGUUGUCAUAAUAAUAUAUGUCCAAAUGUGUCUGUAUUAUUAGAACUUUAUUAUAUAUAGACGGUACUCUGUAACACAACAGGAACUGCUUAGAAUAUUAAAACAUCAAUGGCAGUGAAAGGAUUAUAAUUUUGAAAAUCUUGCUUUCCAGUCUUUUUACCUUCUUUCAGUUGCCCCCUUUUCUCCUGCCUUUGUUUUCAUAUGACUGUGUCCCAUAUGACUGUCCCAUAUAUGACUGUGUCCCAUAUGACUGUAGCUCAGCAUCUUUCUCGCAAUUCUACGUACCUUGGUUUUCGAAUUAUCUAGUUUGAAGCUUACCAAAUGUUGCCAUUAUAACACGACUUUCCUCCAGUUGCAGGCUAAACCCUUCACGGAAUGUAAAUUGUUAGCUGGACGAUGAUUGGUGAUAUGAGAUUUUGGUAUUCAUGCUCACUUCCUUCAACUGUAAAUUUGUAUUAUACUAUCAUAGUUAUCCUGGAAUUUAUUUACAACUAGGUAUUAUUUCAUACUGAUUUGUGUGUUAUUAGCUUUUAUCUGGUGUUUGUUUGGGGUUUUGCAAGAAAGCUCAGAAGUAAUGCAGGGUUCCCUAAUUAUAUCCUUUUGGAAAAUAACAUAAUUUAAAUUUAUUUGAAUCUUUGAGUUUUUUAGAACUUGUAGAAACUUCUUAUAAAUUUCCAAAUUAGUUUCCGAUUUAACACCUCCAAUUGAAACAAAAAUGUACUUGUGCAAUGAGAAGUUGUGUAUUGUCUCAUAUUAUAAACGAUGGGAGGGGAUAAGAUUUAAAGUCCUUCUGCUGGCAAUGAUAAUUUAGCAUGUAAAAUAUUUUGAAAAAAAAAAACUCUGGCUAAUAUAACAUAACUGUGAGAAGUAAAUGGAUAGUUGAGUAUUUUAUGGAAAAUUGAAAUAAAAUCUAGUUUAUGAUAAAUUUAUUACUGUUUGUGUUACUAUUUGGUUAUUUUCCCAUUUAAUUUAAUGAUGAAGAUCAUGACGUCUUUUCAUGAUGUUUUAGUCUUGUAUUAUCUUUAUAUCAUGUUUCCUUGAUAAUAAUAUGAAAUGUCUAAAAAAGCAUCAAAUUAAGGUUAUUUUCUACUAAUACUGUCCAUUCUUGCAUCUCUCAUUGUGAAUUGAAAAAUGUUGCACUGGACACAAAAAUGUAAUCGAAAUCUGAUCUCUUCAAGAAAACAACAAAUUUUUCAAGAAAACAUUUCUUAGUUGAAUGUACACUGUAUAGCAUUUAUUACAUGAAAUUGACAGGAUUUAUCUACAAUAGACUACAGUAUAGGACCAUGCCAACAGAGGAAGAUUUAAAAGCGAUAGUUGUACACAAAAAGUACAGUUCCUCACGAAAAGGCAAGGGUGAGAGCGCUCGAAAGAGAAAGAGAUCAUCUUCCAGUGAUAGCAGUCAUACCUCUAUAUCUUCAGAAACUGAACAUAAGAGUGAAAUAAAGCAAGAGGCGAAAUCAGCAAAUCCAGAUGUGGGCUUCAUUCCAAGUAGAUUCUUGAAAGAUAAACCUCAAAGACGAAGCUCGUCACGACGCCGCGAGGAGGAGACUCUAGUCAGCUAUCCUGGGUACAAAGAUUCAAAGUCCCGUCGAGAUGAGGUGAAACGAGAGCGAUCCUUGAAUGAAAGACGAGAUGAGAGGAGAGAUGAGUCUAGAAGAGAUGAGUCUAGAAGAGAUGAGUCCAGAAGAGAUGAGUCUAGAAGAGAUGACAGAAGGGAUGACAGAAGGGAUGACAGAAGGGAGGAUAGAAGGGAGGAUAGAAGGGAUGAAAGAAGGGAUGAUAGAAGACACGAGGACGAUGACAGGGGCAGACGUGAUAGAGACCACGACAAUAGGCGAGAUGACCGUGGACGGGUAGAUGACGAUAACGUCACACGGCGCCCACGUGCGGAAGAGGACAAUUCGCGCGGAUCAAGGAAUGACUACCAGAAAUCAUUCGCUAACCAGAGAAGAGAUCCCGAGCAAACCAGACCCAGGCGUGGCGAUGAGGAUAACAGAAGGAAGCCAAGAGAGGAUCCAGAAAGGGUCUCAGGAAAGAGGUCUUCGUCUAUAGAUUCGAACAAAAGAAAAGGCAGGAGAGAUGAAGAUGAAGACUACGACCCAAUCUCAGACGAGGAGUUAGCUAUGUUAGAGGAAGAUGCUGGAAUCAUAGAGAUCUACAAAGAGUUGGAGCGUGAAAUGCGCAGCAAGCGCUACACCGCCAACCUGGAUAGUGUUGAUUUCAGCGCUCUUGAUUUACUGAAACCUGAGAAGAAACUAGAACCGGAACCAAGGACGAAGGACCCCAUAGACCGGCUACUGAAGUGUGGCUACAGCGCUAACUACGGCGGUAAAGCAAUCACCGAAAAGAUAAAAGCAUUGUCUUUACAGAGGGGUGUAGAAGCACCGCUGAACGGAGCGUUCUCAGCCAACAAGAAGACAUUAAGAACAGUGUUCCAAGAAACCCUGUCCCCACACAUAGCUUUAUCUUCUCACACUGACCUUCUUCUUAGACAGAAACUAGCGCUACUGUCACGUGAUAAGAACGGCUUAUACGUGGAAAAGCGUGAGGUGUCAGAGAUAGUUUUAACAGAUGAACCAGUUAACAACACAUUACUAAACGACAGUGUAAAACUCUUCAACCAGAUGGCGGGAACUAACCUGGAAGUAAAAUGAGGCAAUCCACGUGAUGCCCAUAUAAGGAGCAUUUGAUUUUAACUAUUUGAUUUGUUGAGUUCCAGAACGUUGACUAAUUAAUUGAUUUUCAAUUAUCUUAUCAGUUACAUGAUUACAUUUUGUGAUAAGCCCGGCACGAGAUAUACCGAUAAUAUCGGACAUAAUGGAUGAUAAUGGUUAGUAACCAUUGGUUACGUUACGCUGGAGUAACCUUACGGAAGUGAAUUGCAGGAUAUAAAUAUCGAAUCAGUGUGAUGAUGUAAUCAUGUAAAGCUAGAUGGGUUAGACCUUGUGUACGUGUAUUAUCUGAACUAAGUUUGUCUCCUUGAGAGCCCCUUAUAGUUAGCUGUUGUUUCGUUUAACCAAUUUGUAACUUUUUGAGUUGUUCUUCCGUAUUCUUAACUGAUUAGACAGAACACACUCCACUUGAUUGCAUGAGUCGUACUGUUUAGACUUAGUUACCCUGACCUAUAUUUACGACAUGGUGUAAAUUCACGAAAUAUAGAACUAUAGAAAAAUGGGAUUUUUCCAACUUGAUUAAUAAAUUAAUAAUCAAAUUGGUAAGAUCACGCGAGGGUUUGGUCAGAUUAAAUUAAAGAUUAAAUUUCACGGGUACUGCAACUAAUAAGUGAAUAAGUAAAAGUCACGCAUUGACCCGUAAGUGAUAGUUGCCAUUUGUCCUUUGUCUUGCAUUGACACUGUGUGCAAUGUGCAUGCUUCUCAGUUUGAAAGUAAAAUGUUUAUUCACACGUAAUAAUCACUAAGUUAUUUAACUAAGAACCACUAAUGAAAGAGAUCCUACCACCUUGGUUAAACGUACACGUGAGGCACGUCCAUCCGCCUGGUAGUGGCUGACUGUUUUUACAAGAUUACAUAUUAUUGUAUUUGUGUAAAUUGAGCUUCUGCUUUAAUUUAUUUACUAG